ACAAAUAUUACGCAUUUAAAAAAACAGAAAGUUAAGUCGUAAUGUUGUUGAUAUUGUUUGCGUUAGCGGUGCCUGUGUUGUUGUACAUAUACGUAAAAUGGAAGUACACAUACUGGGAAAGGAGGGGAGUGGCACAAGCGGAAGUGAAGUUCCCCUUCGGUAGCUUUACGAACGCCAUUUUGAGAAAAAUGACUGUGGAGCAAAACAUUCAACAGUUUUAUGGAAAAUUUAAAGAUCGUUAUAGAUACUUCGGGAUGUACCUCUUCUUUCAACCGAUAUGGAUCGUUACGGAUUUGAAUUUAAUAAAACGUAUCUUGCAAUCGGAUUUCCAACAUUUUACCGACCACAACUUUUACCAUCACAAUAACGAGAUCUUGACAAACAACAUCUUCAAUUUAGAGGGCGAACGAUGGCGAACCUUAAGAACUAAGCUCACACCUACGUUCACUUCCGGCAAGAUGAAGAUGAUGUUUGGGAUAGUGCACGACCUGAGCAAACAGUUGAAAACAUUGGUUGAAAGUCACGUAAACAACAAACCGUUGUUGGUUACGGAUGCCGUAGCGCGCUAUUCAACCGAUGUAAUCGCAAGUUGCGCUUUUGGUAUAGAAGCGAAUUGUCUAGAGAAUCCGGACGCAGCGUUCAGGAAGUACGGCAGAAAAAUAUUUGAGCCGAGGCCGUAUAAAUUUUUAUUUGAACAGUUUGUCAACUGGGACGUCCUUGCGGCGUUAGGCCAUCAAUUCCACCCCAGCGACACCACAAAGUUCUUCUUAGAGGUGGUUAAGGAGACAGUCGAAUAUCGAGAGAAAAAUAAUAUACGAAAAAACGAUUUUGUACAUCUCCUGCUACAACUGAAGAACACAGGCAAAUUAACAGAGGACGGUGAUCUUACCAAUAACUCCCAAGGUAUAUUGACCUACCGAGACGUAGCAGCCAGUAUGUUUAUAUUUUACGGAGCAGGUUUCGAAACGACUUCGACCACAACCUCGUUCUUGCUCUACGAGCUGGCCUGCCACCAAGAUAUUCAGGACAGAUUAAGAGAUGAAAUUAGAGAAGUGUUGGAGAAACACGGAGGAAAAUUGACAUACGAAGGACUGCAAGAAAUGCACUAUGGCCAGAAGUGCAUCGACGAGACUUUGAGGUUAUACCCACCGUUAGCUGUACACAUGAGGAAAUGCUCCAAGCGGUACCAAGUGCCGGAUUCCGAUCUGGUGAUUAAUAAAGGUGACGUGGCAAUUUUGCCCGCGUUUUCUAUCCACCGCGAUCCGAAUGUAUUCCCGAAUCCGGACGAAUUUAAUCCGGAAAACUUCAGCGACGAAGCGAGGGCCGGUAGGAUUUGCAGCGCCUGGAUGCCAUUUGGAGACGGACCCAGGCAAUGCAUCGGAAUGAGAUUUGGAUACAUGCAGAUGAAAACAUCAGUAGCCACGUUGCUGAGUAACUUCAGAUUCACCCUCCACAAGAGCACUCCCACCAAAUUAACUUUCGCCUGCAAUACUAUCACGAUGACGGCCGUGGAGGAUAUUUUGUUGGACGUUUCGAAAGUCGAUUAAAAAUUUAUGAAGGAGAAGUUCGAUAAAAUUGUACAGUAUAUCGAAAUAACGGAGCUAUGCGACCAAUAAAUUUUUUUAAAUCAUUAUUAGAAUAAA